UCUCCCCGCAUGGCCGCCGCCCCGUCGCAGCCCGUGGCGCUCCCCGGCUCGCCGGGCCCCGGGUCUCCGCCGCCUCUGGGCGGGUUCGAGCUGCUCUCGCCGCCGCCUCUGCAGCCCCCCGGGCCGCCGCCGGGCCCCGGGGUCUCCUUCCACAUCCAGAUCGGCUUGACCCGCGAGUUCGUGCUGCUGCCCGCGUCCUCGGAGCUGGCCCACGUGAAGCAGCUGGCUUGUUCCAUCGUGGACCAGAAGUUUCCCGAGUGUGGCUUCUACGGACUUUACGACAAGAUCCUGCUCUUCAAACAUGAUCCCACCUCGGCCAACCUCCUGCAGCUGGUGCGCUCGGCUGGAGAUAUCCAGGAGGGCGACCUGGUGGAGGUGGUACUGUCCGCUUCUGCCACCUUCGAGGACUUCCAGAUCCGCCCGCACGCCCUCACGGUGCACUCAUACCGCGCUCCGGCCUUCUGCGACCACUGCGGGGAGAUGCUCUUUGGCCUGGUGCGCCAGGGCCUCAAGUGUGAUGGUUGCGGGCUGAACUACCACAAGCGCUGCGCCUUCAGCAUCCCCAACAACUGCAGCGGGGCGCGCAAGCGACGCCUGUCGUCCACGUCUCUGGCUAGUGGCCAUUCAGUGCGCCUGGGCACUUCAGAAUCCCUCCCCUACACGACUGAUGAGCUGAGCCGCAGUACUGCAGAGCUCCUGCCCAGACGCCCUCCUUCCUCCUCCUCCUCCUCAUCCGCCUCGUCCUACACCGGCCGCCCCAUCGAGCUGGACAAGAUGCUUCUGUCCAAGGUCAAAGUGCCGCACACCUUCCUCAUCCACAGCUACACGCGGCCCACCGUCUGCCAGGCCUGCAAAAAACUCCUCAAGGGUCUUUUCCGCCAGGGCCUGCAGUGCAAAGACUGCAAGUUUAACUGUCACAAACGCUGCGCCACCCGCGUUCCUAAUGACUGCCUGGGAGAGGCCCUUCUCAAUGGAGACGUGCCGAUGGAGGAGGCCACAGAUUUCGCAGAGGCGGACAAGAGCGCCCUCCUGGACGAGCCUGAUGACACUGGCGUCAUCCCUGGCUCCCAUGCAGAGAACGCCCUCCGUGCCAGCGAGGAGGAGGAAGGCGAGGGUGGCAAGGCCCAGAGCUCGCUGGGGUACAUUCCGCUGAUGAGGGUGGUGCAGUCGGUGCGACACACAACACGGAAGUCCAGCACCACCCUGCGCGAGGGGUGGGUGGUGCAUUACAGCAGCAAGGACACGCUGAGGAAGCGGCACUACUGGCGUCUGGACUGCAAGUGCAUCACGCUCUUCCAGAACAACACGACCAACAGAUACUACAAGGAAAUCCCACUGUCGGAAAUCCUUGCGGUGGAACCUGCCCAGAACUUCAGCCUUGUGCCACCUGGCACCAACCCGCACUGCUUCGAGAUCAUCACUGCCAACGCCACCUACUUUGUGGGUGAGACGCCAGGCGGGGCCCCUGGAGGACCGAGUGCUCAGGGGGCUGAGGCUGCCCGGGGCUGGGAGACCGCCAUCCGCCAGGCUUUGAUGCCCGUCAUUCUCCAGGAUGCGCCCAGCACUCCUGGCCACACCCCCCACCGACAAGCUUCUCUGAGCAUCUCUGUGUCCAACAGCCAGAUCCAAGAGAAUGUGGACAUUGCCACCGUGUACCAGAUCUUCCCCGAUGAGGUGCUGGGCUCAGGGCAGUUCGGUGUGGUGUACGGAGGAAAGCACCGUAAGACAGGCCGGGAUGUGGCGGUGAAGGUCAUUGACAAACUACGCUUCCCCACCAAGCAAGAGAGCCAGCUCCGGAAUGAAGUGGCCAUCCUGCAGAGUCUGCGGCACUCGGGCAUCGUGAACCUGGAGUGCAUGUUUGAGACGCCCGAGAAGGUGUUCGUGGUGAUGGAGAAGCUGCAUGGAGACAUGCUGGAGAUGAUCCUGUCUAGCGAGAAGGGGCGGCUGCCCGAGCGCCUCACCAAGUUCCUCAUCACCCAGAUCCUGGUGGCUUUGAGACACCUCCAUUUUAAGAACAUUGUCCACUGCGACUUGAAGCCCGAAAACGUGUUGCUGGCAUCAGCCGAUCCGUUUCCUCAGGUGAAGCUGUGCGACUUCGGCUUCGCGCGCAUCAUCGGCGAGAAGUCGUUCCGUCGCUCCGUGGUAGGCACGCCCGCCUACCUGGCGCCCGAGGUGCUGCUCAACCAGGGCUACAACCGCUCCCUGGACAUGUGGUCAGUGGGCGUGAUCAUGUAUGUCAGCCUCAGUGGCACGUUUCCCUUCAAUGAAGAUGAGGACAUCAACGACCAGAUCCAGAACGCGGCCUUCAUGUACCCUGCCUGUCCCUGGAGCCUCAUCUCCGCAGGAGCCAUCGACCUCAUCAACAACCUCCUACAGGUGAAGAUGCGCAAGCGGUACAGUGUGGACAAGUCGCUCAGCCACCCUUGGUUACAGGAGUACCAGACGUGGCUGGACCUCCGCGAACUGGAGCGCAAGAUGGGCGAGAGGUAUAUCACGCACGAGAGUGACGACGCGCGCUGGGAGCAGUUCGUAGCCGAGCAUCCACUGCCCAGGCCGGGGCUGCUUGCUGAUGGAGAGCUCAGUGGGGUCCUCCUGCCUCAGGACCACGAGAUGCAGGGGCUGGCUGAGCGCAUCAGCGUCCUCUGAGACCCUGUGCGGCCGCCUGGCCUACCCCUUUGCUACCCUCCCAAAGUGGAACUGUUCUGGGGCGGGGCUUCGUGUGCAAACUGUCGGGCCACACCCCUUGGGGCGGAGCCUGAGAAGGGACCUUGGACAAAGUCCAUUCCCCCACCAUUAAAAUAGGCUCUUUCCUGGCCCAGCUGC